GACGGCUGGGCGGGACUCGCUAUAGUGAAGGGGGAAAAGUUACACAAGCAUUUCAGUUUUCUAUAACACACCGUACACACACUCCACACACACUUCUCUUACACACACUCCACUCACACUUCUCCCGCCCUUCACACACUUAUCCCAGUGAGUGUUUGAGCUCCUCAGAAGUUGAGAGGAUCAGAUUUGUGUGUGUUUUCUAAGAGAAGCUCUUCUACAGCGUGUUAUCUUUCACCCGGCGUGGAGAACAGCCUCAGCGGAAUGGAAGCGCGCGCGCGGUGAUGUUUGGAAGGUGAAGUAAACACACAGAGAGAAGAAGCGUCGAGCGCGCGCGGGUCUGAGCGGAGGGAAACAGAACAGAAAUCAGCAGCAUGGAGCUGCACGCGGUGCUCCUCACCGCCGGCGCGUCCGUGGGCUUUUUCAGAGCGGCAAACUACGGCUUCAGCAAGCUCCCAGUCCCGGAGACAGCCCAGAGGAACACGUGGAAGUGGAGGAACAUCUGCACCUCCUUCAUUCACAGCCUCAUCACCGGAGUAUGGGCUGUGCUGUGUUUCUACAUGCAUCCUCAGAUGGCUGAGGAUUUGAUAGAGACUCACUCUGUCUUCUCCCAUGCGUUGGUGUCUGUAUCUAUCGGAUACUUUAUAUAUGACUUCCUUGACAUGGUUCUCAAUCAGAAGAUCUACCAGUCGUGGGAGCUCCUUUUUCAUCAUGUGGUGGUGAUCACCUGUUUCGGGCUGUCGGUGCUUACGUGCCGCUACAUAGGCUUUGCGGUGGUGGCUCUGCUGGUGGAGAUCAACUCCAUCUUCCUGCACCUGCGGCAGAUGCUGCGCAUGGCCAACGUGUCCAAGAGCACGUUCUACAGGGUGAACAGCAUGAUCAACCUGGGCACGUACGUGGUGUUCCGCAUCAACACGCUGGCCUGGAUGACCCGCUGGCUGGUGCUGAACCGUGACCUCAUCCCACUGCUCAGUUACACGGUGGGCAGCGUGGGCCUGGCCAUCAUGACCGUCAUGAAUAUUGUGCUGUUCUACCGCCUGCUGCGCACCGACUUCCUAAAGUCCAGCCGUGAGAAGGAGGUCAAGAAGGAGAAGGAGAAAGACAAGGAGAAAGACAAGGAGAAGGAAAAGGAGAAGGAGAUGUAAAAGGUGGCGAGAGAGCACUAACGCUCAUUUUUGACCUCCAAAUAACAUGCAAACACACCAUUCUUUGCCUUUCAGAUGACAACCUUUGAUGCAGUUCAUAAAAUGUGAUUGUCUGAUCUGGUCUGUGGGUUUUCUUCACCCUGAACUGAUUUAAUGAUGUCGUUUAGAUUGUAUAGUAUGAUUGAAAGAUCUGCCAUAGUUGCAGAUGUUUGGACCCUGUUUAUUACACCUGGUCACUUGAAUAUCAGGAUUGAAAAAAAAAAUCAAGAAACAAAAGUGUAACUAAGUGUAAAUGCAUCUAAAUCUUAUCAGGAUACAAUUCAGAAACUAGUCACAUGGUGUGACCAGGUGUAAAAGGAAUCUUAGAUCACUCCUAAGAUGAUCAUGUUUGUACUGACAAAACAAGAAUGUAUUACACCCAGAUUUUAAACAAACUUAAGAAAGCUAAGUUAUUGCUAUUAGCCCAUGUUUAGUUCAAAAUAUAAAAAUGAACUAGUAAGAAGUAAUACUGUCUGUUUUUCAGUUUAAUGUCGUCAAAUUUAUAGCAUAUUAUUCAUAUUAUGACAAUAAUAUUAAAGCAUAUCUUUGUACUUAGUAAAAGAACAGUGACAUUACCAGAUGAUGCUACCAGUGCUGGAAGGGUGAAGGAUAAGUUUAGCUUGCUCCGCGGCAUGUUUUCCAACUGAUGCUUAUUCAGUGCCAUUGGACAGCCGAACAAACACUUGAAGUAAAAUAACAACUGGCAAUUCUGUUACCCCAGCUAAUACAUGCAAAUAACAAAAAGGAGUGAGUGAGUGGAGUGAGGUCAAUGGGUCACUGUGAUUUCUGUUCUUUUUUUAAGUACAAGAAAAUGAUCAUCUCUAAUAUUUAACCAUAUAAACUUAUGCUACUGAUGUGACACAUGAGAAAUAGGUUAGGUUGAAAAACACUGAGUACUGGCUUAGUACUCAAAAGAAUAGUAAUAAUAAUAUGUAGUACACACUCGCUGAGCUCUUUAUGAGGAACACCUGUACACUCAUGCAUGCAUUGUCCAAUCAGAGCAAUGCAUAAAAUGCAGAUCACGUCAAACCUUAAUAUACAUGGGCAACAACUGCAGACGACCAUAUCGAGUUUACUGUUCUGUAAGCCAAGAACAGACACUGAGGCUGCAAUGGGCACAGACUCGCCAACACUGGAGAGUAAAGACUGGAAAAUAGAAUUUGGUGCCUACAGCUGGUAUGCAUGAACCCAACACAUUGGGUGUCAACAGUUUAGGCUGAUGUAUGGGGUGCAAAUGGUGUAAAGAAAACAGAGGUCUUUUUCAGUGCAAUUCUUCAGAUCAGUUAGUAGAUCUAGAUCCAGUCUAACUUUGGGAUGUGGUAGAAUAUUAAAGUGCUCCUAAAAUGAAAUAUGCAGUAAUUGCAAUAUGCAGUCAUGUCAAUAUGACAUGGAAUCUAGGGGUGGGCGAUAUGGCUCUAAAAUAAUAUCACGAUAUUUCAGGGUAUUUUUGCGAUAACGAUAUACUUGCCGAUAUAAGAAAACUAAAAUAAUACAUUCAUUUCAGGAAUAUAGUAUAACAGAAUAAUAAUAAUGCAGCAAAUCAUAUUGGAGAAUAUUUAGUUCAUGCAUAUAAACUGCAAACUAAAACAAUUAUACAAUAAAUACACUUAAAGCUUCACAGUAAAUAAUAGACUACUUUUAAGACAGAACAGCCCUAUUAUCACGAUAUGGAUUUUUAAUAUCAUGAAAUUUUUGUGUCACGAUAUAUUGUAUACGAUAUAAUAUUGCCCACCCCUAAUGGAAUCCAUUCUACCUUAAAUUAAUGAUGAUUUAUGAUUUUGAGAAUUUGAAAUAGUAUGGUCUUCCUAAUGUAGUGCUCAGUGAGUGAAACUAAUUGCAUGCAUUUCUAAAAAAUUAACUGCAUGCAUUUGUUUAUCUUGAAUUACUGGGAGCCUAAGCAAGGCCUCAUCUUCAGUCUUUUGAACACCUACACCUGCUACCUCAAACAUGUGUAGCAGUUAGUCUGUUUCUAACCUAGAGUGUGUUCAGCCUCCUGAACCUGCCACUAAAUCUGACAGAUUUUGACAGUGCCGGGUGUUUUAUUGAAACUGUAGAAAGUAGAACUGUAGAAACCAACCAAAUUAAGCUAUACUUAAAGCAUGCAUCUUAUUAGGCAAAGGUAUGAUCAAGCCUGGCUGUUUCAGCAUGACUACAGUCCUCCUUUUCCAAUAUCUGCUAUCUGCAGAGCAAUCAGUCUCAGCUGACUGGCUGUUAAACAGUUAUUUUUUGUACUCCAAAUGUGAAUGUUAGGUUUUAAACACUUCUGUAACACUUUAAACAGUUGAGCUCAUCUUCUGCAUUAUGAAAAAUAAAUAAAAUAUCACUGGUAAAAAAGGAGAACAGUUACCUUCCAAAACAGUGAUACAUACUUGUUAUUAGAUGUAUUAAAUGUUGCAUUCAAGCUUUGCUGGACCCAACACUGUGAUGCAUUUCUAAGUGCUGCAGCAAGGGUCUCAAACUACCAGUCUGAGGUCCAUAUUAACCUUUAAAAUGCGUCCUUUAAUAUAGUCUGUUCAUCUGAUCACCAGUUUAGGCCUAAAAACCUGAUUUGCAGUAAAUAUUCAAGCAGGUUUGCAGUACGUUUGCAAGUUUUGAUAUGUAUAUGUGCUACACUUUUAGAAAAAAAAGUGUUCUUUUACUUCUGCUUAACCAUGCCAAGAUCCAUUUCAGCUAUAAGGUGAAAUAAGCUGGUUCUUUGAGUUGAUACAGCAUUUAAAGGAUAUAGGUUGAGACAUGACCCCAAACAUUUAUGAGGUAGAUAAACUGCAGUUCAUUAAAUGUUCAAACAAGUAAUUGUACAUAUAAAUGGUUAUAAUUGGUUGUCAUGACAUUACAACACAAUGAAUGUACAGAAAACUGAAGUUGUGAACCUUUAAUUCUCUUAGUUCAAAACAGGCCUUUAAAAAUAGAUAAAAAAAACUUUCCUCAGAUCAUUUGUUUUAGUUUGAGACCCCUAUUUUGUGUUACAGCUGGGUUUAAAGCCUCAACGUCUGUAUGGGCAGUAUGAGUGAGGGAUCUAUAUCUAAAUGCCUGAGUUCUGCAGGGGAAAAGAGACCCCUCUCUUCCUCACAGCACUGACUGACAGUGUGUGGCAUGUCUAAAGUGUUGAUGGCUGACUGACAGUUGCAUCACUCCUCAGCAGAAUGAAGACUUUGCUGUUUUGCUCCUGUAGGUGGCACUGCAUGCAUGGGUUAAAACAAUGACCUCAUCAGUUCUGGAAGCAGCUGUGUAAAACCAUACCAAUCUUGCCUAAUGUGUGGUGAACAUUUUACAAUGAAGUUUUCUACGUUUAUGUUUCGUAAGCACAUUUUGUAUAUUUAUAUUUAUUUUUACUUUAAUAGUGUGACUGACAUCUGCCGAUUAACAUCAAAUUUCCCUGUUUUUGGAAUUGUGAAUAUGGUGAAAGAUAUAACAUCAGUGAAAGUGUAAUAUUAUCUUCAUUUAAAAAAAUUGUGAUGUAAAAAUGAGUGGUUCGGUUUUCUGUAAACUAGAGACCAUUAAGAAUGGUUUAUGCUUUUUUGAUGCUCCCCUCCUCCAGUUUGGUGGAGAACAUAUUGAGCGUGUAGCUUGAACCCUAAGUUCAAACCUGUCAGGCAUUGACUGGUCACUAAAGUUCAUGCUGGCCUUCUCAGGGUUCUGAGGAGUUGACACAUACACUGUAACCACAUGUAGCAUACCGAUAUGUGCCACACACUUAUUCAUCUUGAAAGCACUGUAAUCAUACUGAAAGCUGAUUUUAUUUGUUAAAUGGUAGCUAGAGUGGCUAUACUGGGGGCUACAGAACUAUGGCUGACUGUAAAUGAAUAUUUUGGCCAAAGGAAAUUAAUAAUAGAAAAGUAAAGCAGUUCUUUAGUGUUCAAAUUGUUGUUAUUCUUAUAUUUAUAAUGUACACUGUGCAAACAUUUUAGACGUGGAACAUUUAGACAUGUGGAAAUGGCAGGUAAAGCUAUUUAUCUGAACUGGGUUUCUCAGAAGCUUCUUAGCAUAAUGAUGAUUCUGCAUCAUCAUUAUGCUGAUGAGUUUGCAUCAACCUGUGCACUCUCUAGGAUGUUUCUACAGUAUGUCAAAUUAUUUAAAGCAAAAAGUUGUUAAAGAGUGGUUAAACUUUUAGAACCAAUGGUGAUUCUUGGCUUUUUUUUGCUCACUUGUAUAACUUAGGAAUAAAUCAGCCAGUUUGCACCAAUUAGUAAUUGUCUAAAUAAAUUAAAUUAAAAAAGCCACAAAGCAAUAGCAACUUCAGUUUUAGAUUAUAUGAUAAGACCCAGUUGGUAUAAAUUAAUAAAGAUGCAUAAAUACAUUUUUCAAAAGCAUAAAAACACAUUUUGCCAGUUUGUUUGCCAGAGUUUUGUGGUGUUUUAUCUAUGUCAGAGCUGUUCAACUCAGAUAUAAAUCACUUGCAUAUGUGUCCUUAGAUUGGAUUCAUAUCCAAUUCAUUAAGAUUCAGCAUGAAUGUUAACAGUUAGAUUAGAUUUCUUAAAUCUUUUAGCUGUAUGCAUGGGCUUAGUGCUGCCGUCAUCACCCAGAACCAAUAAUUAUGAGGCAAUGUUCAUAAAUAUAUAAAUAUGAGCAUGUGUGUCGUUUCAGGGACAGAUAUGUUCACAUUACAGACUGAUAUAGGUCACUUACUCAUUUAUGAAUGUGAACGGGCUAGAAUUGAUUAAUGAGGUUUGUAAUGUGAACAUUACCUUUGUGCAUAAUAACUGCAAUUACUUUUUAAUUAGGUUUUUACAGGGCAGAGAUAAUGAGGCUGCAAACACGUUGCUUAUUCUAAUAUAUAGCAAAUGGAGCCACAUAAUAUUCUUCAACUGCUAGUAAUAUAAUAAUAAUAAUAUGCUAAUAUCUUUGCUUAUAUAUUAUUUAAUUCUCUGCCUUUUAAAAAGCCAUCUUACUGAUAAAGAGCAUUCAGUGCACAAACAAAUCAUUUUAAAAACUCUGGAAACUGGAAAAAUAGUUUUUUUGAGGAUAUCAGUUGGACUACUCCUGUUAAAUGAAUAUUCAUCAUUCAUAUACUGUAUAGUUGGGAAAUUUUAUUUUGGUGGACAAUGAACUGUCAUUUUAUUCACUUUGUUUUAUUUUUAGAAUUUAAUAUUUCAUUUGAUUAUAAGAAGUGCAAUUCUGUGUUGUGUGGUGAAACGUGUGCUGUGGUUAUGUGGUGAAUGAUACUGUCACAGUCUCCAAAACCAUCAAUGAAAUAAUUGUUUACUCUGUGUACUUGAUUGGGAAAAUGUCAUUCAUCAGUUAGUAUAUUAGUCAGUAGUCUCCCUCUUCAGUCAGAUGUUAAGUAUGAUUGUGUUUAAAUUGUACAUAAUUAUAAUUAUUUUAUUGUUUUGUUUGUAUGAAUUAUUGCGUUUUAUUAAUAAACGUCCAAUUUAUAUAUUUCGGUUUUUACUGUUAAAUGUGAAAAUAAACUGUUAUUAAUACGUGAA